GUGAAUAGCAUUGAUUUGAAUGUGUUUGUAGUGUGACAGUACACAAGCAGUUGUCAUUCCACUGAUUUGUUUAUUUACUUUCAAACUCCUGAAAAUGUUUAAGGAUUUAGUUUUUAGUGUUUGAAAAAUUAAUUCAAAGAUGCAAGUGGACGGAGAAACAGUGCCCAUUCUGUGUAUGUGUCGAUUGUGUUUGAAUUAUUCACAAGACUGCAGUGACAUUGGCAACGACCAGUCGAAUCUGACCAUUCGUAACAAAAUCCGGAAAUAUUUGUACAUUGAGAUAAACGACGAUGAUUCACUUCCAAGAACGAUUUGUCAGCAGUGUAUCAAUCGGAUUGAAGUUUUCGAUCAAUUCUGUCAAGAAGUAACGCACCACCAGGAGUUGAUUUGUUCAAAAUUGAAGCCUUCAUCGAAUGAAACACAAAUUAUCACCACGCCAACGAACUUGAUUCAACUGUCGCCGGCAAUUGUAUCAAAAACCAAUGGGACGUUUAUAAUUACUCUGCAGACAUCGACAUCGUCUGAGCAUGUACUAAAUACAAGAGUUGAAGAUGCAAACGAAAACGAUAUUAUUAUAUCGAAAUUGAUAAAAGACGACAAUGCACAUGAGACUGAUCUCUCGUCCACUCAUUACGAAGUUAUGGAGGAGAGUAGCGAAAUCUACACAUCGGUGCUUUCAUCAAAGCAAAAUGUUUAUGCCAAAACUUCGUCAACAGUACAAAUUUUAGAUGAAUGUCCGAUGCAAAUCAAUUCGAUUAGCAUUGAACGUGAAUUAGACGAACUGGAUGAGAUCACAGCCGACAGUGACAACGAAUACAAUGAGGAUAAUGACGAGCAUGUGGUCGAUGAAAAUGCAACAGCAACGAUCGAUGAUGUGGAUCAUGAAAAAUUCAAAGACUUUCCCAAACUCAUUGAAGAUUCAAAAUUGUUAUACAAAGGACGUGACCUUUUGAAUAUGAUUUCAAAAUUUUAUCGACUCGAAUGCGACCAAUGCGACAACGAAGAACGUACGGUGUUUCAAAAUCUUUCCGAUUUAUGUCAACACUAUGUCGACGUACAUCAGAUCAAGGGAUAUGUGGUGUGUUGCAGUAUGAAACUGAUAAAACCAAGGGCAAUGGCCUUGCAUAUGGCUCGUCAUUUACAGCCGGAUGCCUUCAAGUGUCCGGAAUGUAAUAAGAUGCUUACGUGCCCGAAAAUUCUGCAGUAUCACAUGCAGAACCAUCUUCCGGAAUCUCAACGACCACUGGCAUGCUCACAAUGCCCACGACGGUUUAGCUAUAGCAGCGCAUUGGUGGCUCAUGCAAUUUCACAUCAGCCAGAGAGUCAGCGCGCAGCUCAUGUCUGCGAUGAGUGUGGCAAAGUGUUCGUUUCAGCCGGUCGUCUUACCACGCAUAUUAAUGUCACUCACAUGCAACACGGUCAAGAUUAUACGUGUAAUAUAUGUGGCAAACGGUUUGCAUGUCGCAGCAAUCUAUCGUAUCAUCUAACCACGCACGAACCGAAAGUGAGACAGGUUCAAUGUUCGAAAUGCGGCAAAUGGUUGAAAAAUAAGCUAUGUCUCUCCAAACAUAUGGUACAACAUUCAUCGAUCCGAUAUAGCUGUUCGAUGUGUGAUUACUCGGCUGUGAAUCGACAAUGCUUGCGGAACCAUAUGCGUGUGCAGCACACGAACGACAAGCCAUUUGCUUGCGGCGAUUGCGGAAAAGCCUUCAAACUAAAGAAUACACUGCAAAAUCACCAGGUUCAACACACUGGUGUCCGACGCUUUGUGUGUCCGUUUUGUAGUCGAUCUUUUGCAUCCAGUGGUAACUACUAUUCACACCGUAAGCGCAUGCAUCCACAAGAAUUGGCCGCAAUGAAACUGAAGCAAGAAGAACAGGAACGGAAACUACGGGAACAAAUACAGAAAUCGACUGAUAGAUCGUAACAAGAUCUGUGAUAUUUUGAUAUAUGUCAAAUAAUAAAAACCGUAUAUGAAUUGAAUUAUUUAUUUGCUACAUCUUCUUCACACUGUUAAACACCUAAUCUUUAUUCCAUUUAAGUUUGCCACGCAUGUGGUCAGGUAAUUUUACGAUACCCGGGCAUGGUAAUUGGCCGGGAACCAUGCAAAUGCACGCCCGCUCACAACCGACGCCAAAGAUUGAUGGAUUCUCUUUCUUUUGAGCUGCCAUCUUUUCUGCCUGAAUUUGUUCACUGCAAGAAAGUAAAAAUUGAAUGGAUUCCAUGAAAUGUUUGAAUAAACAACAAUUUUCAAUGAAAUUUCCAAUAGCAAUAAAUUGUUGAAUGGAACCAACCUGGAUUUUCCAAUCGUUUGCAGGCAAUGCGAUAGAAUUUCCUCCUUUUUCUUACUAUCCACGUCAAUUAUAAGCUCCUUUCCAUUCUCUACAACACAAGAAGAUAUAAAACUUAGAUAUUAGAACCGAGAAUUCACGGUUGAUACUGAACUUACCAUAAAAACAUCUGAUGAACGGUGAUGGUGUUAAAUUCUUGAAUGAAACUAUUUGCACAUUGGGGUUUUUGUACUGAAUCUGUGGCACAUACCAAAAUACAAAAUCACUGAAACGAAACCAACGGGAAAUGGUUGGCAAUUUUUUUAUAUAAUAAAUAAUUUUUUUUUCUUUCGAUUAAAACACUUUUUCCGUAAACUGUAAAUCAACUUACCGGGCACCUUGAUGAUGGUCUCCCUUUUCAUUGUAAUUUAUGCUCAUAAUUUUAAUUUUAUCCUUAAUAUACAAUUUUCCAUAGCUCAAAUAUUGUUUGGUUCGCCGAAUCGGCGCUGGUCCUAUCAUAAACGGCAUUUUACACGGAAUCUAUCCAAAAUGUUCCUCGUCUAAACAAAUGAUUUAAUGAAAUUCUAUGGGGACAAGAAAAAUUUAGGUUGUGUUUUUGUGUUCAAAAUGUCAAAUCAAAGAAGGCAUGAUUCGAUGGUAGACCAUUUUGUAGACAACUUCACAGUGUGACGACUCUCUUAUUUUUCUUUAGUUCACAUCAGACCUGUCAAAAUACAUUUUACUUGACAUUUCACAUUGACUGAGUGUGAUUGCAGCAUAUAAAUCGAAGCAUUUUUCUUAUUCUGUUCGGAAGGAAGCUCCAAAAAGAAUACAAAAUGACGAAUCCAUUUGUUAACAAGAGAAAUAUCCACCUUGCCCGCAGCUAGUAAGUAAAAUUAUAUCGCACUUUUUCAUGUGACGUUCGUGUGUCCGAUGGAAUACUUUUGGGCCAACAUAGUUGAUGUCAAUGUUCCAAUCCAAAUUACAUAACACAAGUGCACAGUGUUCUUCUUUAGAGCAAAAAAAAGUGAAACAACUUCCAUUGCCUCUUGAUUGGACUCACCAAAUGGGCACAUAAUGAAUUAAAAUGAUUUUAAUUUAGAUUUUACAUUUGAAAAUUGAAUUAAUGAAAUCAUUGUUGUUGUUGUUGUCAUUUCAGUGGUCCAUCAGCAGCAGUGUUCGGUAUAGCAGGCGCCUUGGCCUUCUUGUUUAUGUCAGACUGGAAAGUAACCAACCGUUAUAUUCCAUUCUAUGGUAGCAGCAAACGUUUCGACGAAGAAGAGACAUAGAUUCUCUCGCUUAGCAUAACCAGAAAUCCAUUGUGUGUAAGAGCGCGCCGUAUUGGAAGAUGUGAACGGUUCAUGUUGUAAUAAUAAAAUUCACUUAAAAAUAAAACCCAAUAAAACAAACUAGAAUCAAAUGUA